CGCUGCGCGUGCGCGCCACUACGGCGUGGGGUCAGGUGAUGUCGCGUCGGCUGGUGGCAGCGGUAGGCCGUCGGACGGUAGUCGGGCGGCUUUCAGUGCUGUGGCGCUACAGUUGUGGUCCAGGAGACCGCAAGACAGUCUGGGACGGUGUGAGCGUCCUGAUGGCCGCCCAGCAGUGCCUCCAGGGAGUCCACUUUCAGCAGCUGGCUUUGCAGGGAAGACCAAUAUCAUUUUCCCAAAGGCUGUGUUCAAAGCCACCCAAAGGAUUUGAGAAAUUUUUUGAGAGGAGUGGAAGAAACACAGAUUCAAAAAAAUCAACAGCUCUGAGAAAGGAAACUGGUAAACCAAAGAAUGCUGGGGCUGGAGGAGGUGGAAGCAAGAGAGGAGGAAAAGGGGAUGAUUUUUCGUGGUGGAAAUGGAUACAGAAGGGACAGUUUCCCUGGAAUGACAAGGAUUUCCGAAACCUGGCCAUUUUGGGGACAGGCGUUGCUGUGGGAGUUUUCUAUUUCUAUUUUCGAGAUCCUGGAAAAGAAAUCACCUGGAAGCACUUUGUGCAGUAUUACCUGGCCAGAGGUCUGGUGGACCGACUGGAAGUUGUAAAUAAACAGUUUGUACGGGUUAUUCCUCCCCCUGGGACCACUUCUGAGAAGUUUGUGUGGUUCAACAUUGGCAGUAUUGAUACCUUUGAGCGGAACCUGGAGUCUGCUCAGUGGGAGUUGGCGAUUGAGCCCACCAACCAGGCUGCAGUAGUCUACACCACUGAGAGUGAUGGCUCUUUUCUGCGAAGCCUGGUGCCCACCCUUCUCCUGGUUGGCAUACUUCUCUAUGCAGUGAGGAGGGGCCCAAUGAGGGCUGGGCACGGUGGCCGAGGAGGGGGCCUCUUCAGUGUUGGUGAGACAACAGCCAAGAUCCUAAAGAGCAACAUCGAUGUGCGAUUUGCAGACGUAGCUGGCUGUGAAGAAGCCAAAUUGGAAAUUAUGGAGUUUGUCAAUUUCCUGAACCCCAAGCAGUAUCAGGACUUAGGAGCCAAAAUCCCAAAGGGAGCCAUGCUCACUGGCCCACCUGGUACUGGCAAAACACUUCUUGCCAAAGCAACUGCAGGGGAGGCCAGCGUGCCCUUCAUCACUGUGAAUGGGUCGGAGUUCCUGGAAAUGUUUGUUGGUGUUGGGCCAGCAAGGGUCCGUGACAUGUUUGCAGUAGCCAGGAAAAAUGCUCCUUGUAUCUUGUUCAUUGAUGAGAUAGAUGCCAUUGGCCAGAAGCGAGGCCGUGGGCACCUUGGGGGUCAGAGUGAACAGGAGAACACCCUGAACCAGAUGCUCGUGGAGAUGGAUGGCUUCAACUCUACCACCAAUGUGGUGGUGCUGGCAGGCACCAACCGCCCUGACAUCCUUGACCCAGCCCUGAUGCGCCCUGGCCGCUUUGACCGCCAGAUUUAUAUUGGUCCCCCUGACAUCAAAGGCAGGUCAUCCAUCUUCAAGGUUCACCUGCGCCCACUCAAGUUGUCCAAAAGCCUCAGUAAGGAUGCCCUGGCACGGAAGCUGGCAGCUCUCACUCCAGGAUUCACUGGUGCUGAUAUUUCUAAUGUGUGCAAUGAAGCCGCACUGAUUGCAGCCCGCUACCUGAGUCCUUCUGUUCAGGAGAAGCACUUCGAACAAGCCAUCGAAAGGGUUAUCGGAGGUCUUGAGAAGAAGACCCAGGUCUUACAGCCCAGUGAAAAGACGACUGUGGCCUACCAUGAGGCUGGGCAUGCAGUAGUGGGCUGGUUCCUGGAGCAUGCAGACCCUUUGCUGAAGGUGUCCAUCAUCCCCCGUGGCAAGGGGCUUGGCUAUGCCCAAUACCUGCCCCGGGAACAGCACCUUUAUACACGAGAGCAGCUCUUUGACCGCAUGUGCAUGAUGCUCGGGGGCCGGGUGGCUGAGCAGCUGUUCUUUGGGCGGAUCACUACUGGGGCACAAGAUGACCUGAGGAAAGUCACACAGAGUGCGUACGCACAGAUUGUGCAGUUUGGGAUGAGUGAGAGGCUGGGCCAGGUGUCCUUUGACCUCCCACAACAAGGUGAGGCCCUUAUGGAGAAGCCCUAUAGCGAGGCCACUGCCCAGCUCAUUGAUGAGGAGGUUCGUCAUGUCAUCAGCUCUGCCUAUGAUUGUACGCUACAGCUGCUGACUCAGUGCCGGGAACAGGUGGAAAAGGUGGGCCGGCGGCUUCUCGAAAAGGAGGUGCUAGAGAAGGCUGACAUGGUCGAGCUGCUGGGCCCACGGCCCUUCGCGGAGAAGUCCACCUAUGAGGAGUUUGUGGAGGGCACUGGCAGCCUGGAGGAGAACACAUCCCUUCCUGAGGGGCUGAAGGACUGGAACCGGGGAGAGGAGGAGGGGGGCACUGAGCAGUACUUGGCGCGUAGCACCGCUGCAGCCACAUCCUCUGAGAGCAACUGCCAGAACCACCAGAAAGCACAUUAAACCAGUCACAACCACCAAUGGGCGUAUUGGAGGCACCUAGGACCCACAUAGGGGAGCGGCCAGCCAGGAGGUGGCUCCAGGGUUACAGGGGAGUGGCAACGAGCCAAGGGAGGUCCUAUUUCUCCCUGACCCUUGGGUGUGGUAUCACCCAGGGCUCUGUACCCUCAAGAACCUCAUACUGGCCUUUCAGUUGAGGCAACUCAGUUUCCAGUGUCCCUAGAUGUCUUAUAGUACCUCACAGGAGAGUCUUGACUCAGCAUGAAUGCCCUCAAGGGAUGGGUUCGGAAACCCAGGGAAAACAGGAGCCUGUGAAGGAAUUCGCAUCAAUAAGGAAAGACCAGGUGUUAGUCAGCUGGGCCUUCUGGGAAGUGGGUCAGUGCUUGGGAAAGAAACCCAGAGCCAUUAAGGACUAUGGCUAAGGGAGGGUAGUGGAACUUGGGGUGUACCUGGGUCUGGGACAGGCCUGCUUGCCUGAGCCCCUGGUCUUUGAGUAGGUUAGUUUUGUUCCCCACAGAGUGAUAGUCUGCAUGCCCUGUGCAGGCCCUCAGAUCUCUUUGGAUGCCUAUUGGUCCUGGCUUUGGGUUGACUAUCUUGCUUUCCAGUAAGAGGAAGGCCAGCUCCAGGUUGUGAGCAGAAUGCCUUUUUAAUGCCAUGAGCUAAAAGGCCCUUUUCCUUUUCUGUGAAUAUUGUGGGUUUUAGUGGAGGUCUCCCCUGCUUCCUGCCAGUUCACAGGAUACAGAGCUAUGAGCCAUCACCAUUGACACCCUACUACACCUCUGCAUGAUUGUGACCUCAGAAAUAGAGGUCCUGCUGGGGACAGGCACUUUCAAUUCUUGCUUAUAAAAUAUAUUAUUGAAAGUUUAAA